GUCGCCUACCGGCGCCAUUUUGGCUCAAACAAACUCUGCAUUUCACUUACUAGUAAAAUAUAUUCGUUUUAAGUAAUCGCAUUUUCUACUCAAUACAUUAAAGAGACCGACCGUAAAGUAAUUGCUUACGUCUGCUAAAACAACUGCUCUCUCUUUUUCUGAAGUCUAAUGUAUAUUUAAUAAUACACCUGCUAAGUCCACUGCUAGCAGACCGCUACGUGUCAUUGUUGUUUUGGCCAGAUGGUAAGUUAAACAUUUGGCGACAUACAUAAAAAUGGGUGGAUGCUCCGCUCCAAACUGCUCGAACUCUACAACUAUUGGAAAGCAGCUCUUUCGCUUUCCGAAAGACCCCGUGCGCAUGAGAAAGUGGCUUGUAAACUGUCGGCGUGAUUUUGUACCAACUCCCUGCUCCAGACUGUGCCAGGACCACUUUGAGGAAAGCCAGUUUGAGGAGAUCGCCAGAUCACCAGCAGGGGGAAGGAAACUCAAACCAAAUGCAAUCCCCACACUGUUCAAUGUACCCGACCCUCCCUCUCCUGUCACCCCUCAAGUAGCGUUACCUGUUAAAAAUGAGCCAGUGGAAAAGGACUUGAACAUGGGGGAUCAUGGUUAUGCCCGCCGACAGCCCCCUGUGGAUUCAGAGGAGGAUGGAGUUCAGGGGGCAGAGGAAGAGCGACCCUGUUCUCUCUGCCAGCAUUAUAAAAGCAAGCUAGAGCAGCAACAGCAGCAUACAGUCCGACUACAGAGAGAGGCAGAGGAGAUGAAGAAACGUCUUUACAAACUGAGUAAAAUAGAAAAGGGGCUGCAGGUGUUCCUGUUUGAGGAUCAGAUUCGUGCCCUAACAUUAGCCAAGCGUUCUCGGAGGGCAGUGUGGUCCCAUGACACUUUACUGACAGCCCGAAAAAUUCGCUGUGCGGUGGGGGUUAAAGGAUACGAGUACCUCAGGGAACUGGGCUACCCCCUGCCUUCUUACAGGACGCUGUGCAAUCGUCUGGAGCCCAAAAUGAUGGUGACCACAAGUAUGCAGGACGAACUGGCAGAGCUCGGCCUGGGCAUCAUAACAGCGUGUGACAGUCCAGAGGGCAAUGUCACGAGCGAUGAAGGACUGAUUGGUGUCCUGACCUGAAACUGCACUAAUGCUUGACUGUUAAACCAGCCAAAGGUGAAGCAACGGCAGGACUCACAGAUGAUGUUUGUUUACUGGUUUAAGUUAUUUUGGGUUGUUGUUGUUGCAUUUUAAAACCAUUUGCAUAAAUACCACAACUGACAGUCUGGAGCUGAUUCAAUAAUACAUGUGUUCUUUUAUCUAAGAAAGAAAUAUUUCGAACUUGCUGCAUCUGUCUGUGUAGUUGCACUCCCUUGACGCAAAUUUUGCACCUUUUUUAUGUAUAUUGAGAAAAUCUAGGUAAAUUGUUGGUGGAAUAAUUUCAGCUGUUUACAGAAACAUGAAAUGUGCCCUGAAAUCCAAAUCCAAACUCUGAACUUGAUUUUUGCCAAUGAGACAAAGAUAUUGGAGAAGAUCUGGAGAAAUGUCAAAAUUGAUGAUAUGACUGUCA